GCCAGUACGCGUCCAGCUCGCCGCCGCUGUUAAGAGAGAGAGUGAUUUUUGCGGAGCACAGCUCCCGGGCCGCGUAAUCCCCCCCUCGAUAUUCCGGAAUAACGCGCGAGCGAGGUCCUUCGACACGAUAGUCACUCGAUCUCGGAGAGCACGGCGCGGAGCCUUCUGUUCUCCCUCGCGCGUUCAUUUUCGCACGAAGGAGACAGACGAGUCGCGUCGCGCGAACUUUCCCGUGAUCGUGCGGAGACAAAUUGCCGGCCGCCGCCAAAAAGGACCUGUCACAGCUCUCGGAGUCAUCCGUGUCAUCUCUGAUCGUCGCUUUCCAGUCCUUCGCGAUUGUUUCACGUUACGGUUGACGGCGACAUCGUAUCUCUACGAUCACCCGGCGCACUUUCGACUGAAAUCGGUCGAAUCUACGUUAGAAAAAAACGAGAGAGAAAAAGAACGAGCGGACAGACGUAAAACCGCUAGAAAGAGAGCAGCCGCCGGAGAGCGAGAGACGCGAUAACGAACCAUAUCUAUCGUUAGCGCGCACGCACGCUCCCUCAUUAGGUCGCUCGCUCGAUCGCUCGCUCUCGCCCGCCGUGUGUGCUGCUGUCAUCGCUGUUGCUGCCGCUAUUGCUACCGGGGACACACGAGUUUCCUCGCACGCAAGUUUGCCUCGCCUUAUUGUUCCUCUUUCCGGAGAUUUCGGUCGAGAGAGUGAAAAUCCUCGACCGUUUCGGUUUCUGCCGGAAACCGUUUUCCCGAAAUAUCGAUCAAAUAAGCACAAAUUGGCGUGAAAAGAAAAAACUACUCAGAGGAAGACCCCGAGGGUGAGAGAGACAAACGGAGUUCGUGACGGAGAAAAAGAAACCGCAGGACGACGGCAAGAUAAUCCCGACGUCAUCCAGGAUAGGCGAACGAGGCGCAGUUGAAUCGCGCGGCUAAAUCGGCGCAAGUGUGGCGGUGACUAGGACCGCGUUCGGGUGGCUGCGGUCGCCCAGAUAGUUAGGGGACCACUCGGUGCCGGUUACCAAUAGUAAGCCGGUUGCCAUCGACGAAAACGAAGACGAAGACGAAGACGAAGAAGAGGACGACGACGGCGGUGGUGGCGGAGGAGGAGGAGGAGGCGGCGGCGGAGGAGAAGAAGACGGUGCCGGAGAAGCAGGUGUCAGUGGUGUUAGCGCUCAAAGAAUUGUGGUGGAUGUUUUUUACGGUGUUUAUUAAUCACUCUUGUGGUGGCUACUACUGCCGUGUUGUUGGCGGCGACGGUGACAAGUGCCAAGUGCGACAAAGUGGACGACAGUAAGGAGACGAGAAAGAGUAGGAGACAGAGUUGUCAGGAGACGACGAGACAAGAAAUCGUCUCACUCUCUUCGUGGCGACGGGGCCACUACGUGGCCGCGCGGUUUAGCAGCAGGUGAGGAAGAAAGUUCGUGAGGGUGGCAUUUGUGAAAGCAACGUGCAGCAAGAUGGGCUGUGCUAUGUCCGCGGAAGAGCGGGCCGCUCUGGCUCGCAGCAAGCAGAUCGAAAAGAAUCUCAAGGAGGAUGGUAUCCAAGCGGCCAAGGACAUCAAGCUCCUGCUGCUUGGAGCGGGCGAAUCCGGCAAGAGUACGAUCGUGAAACAAAUGAAAAUUAUCCAUGAGAGCGGUUUCACACCAGAAGACUUCAAGCAGUACAGACCUGUCGUGUACAGUAACACGAUACAAUCUCUAGUCGCUAUUCUUAGAGCAAUGCCUAAUCUAGGCAUCAGUUUUUCAACAAAUGAACGAGAGACGGAUGCAAAAAUGGUGUUCGACGUAAUUCAAAGAAUGGAAGAUACGGAACCCUUUAGCGAAGAAUUACUGGCGGCUAUGAAAAGGCUGUGGUCCGAUAACGGCGUGCAGGAGUGCUUUGGCAGGAGCAAUGAAUAUCAAUUAAAUGACUCCGCGAAAUACUUUCUGGACGAUUUGGAUCGAUUAGGAGCCAGAGAUUACCAGCCGACGGAACAAGAUAUUCUCAGAACCCGAGUAAAAACGACGGGAAUCGUGGAGGUCCACUUCUCAUUCAAAAACCUCAACUUUAAAUUAUUCGACGUAGGUGGUCAGAGAAGUGAGCGUAAGAAAUGGAUACAUUGUUUUGAAGAUGUGACCGCAAUUAUUUUCUGCGUGGCGAUGUCCGAAUACGAUCAGGUCUUGCACGAGGACGAAACGACGAAUCGAAUGCAGGAGAGCUUAAAAUUAUUCGAUUCGAUCUGCAACAACAAAUGGUUUACCGACACGUCGAUUAUUCUCUUCUUGAAUAAGAAGGAUCUCUUUGAGGAGAAGAUCCGCAAGUCUCCUCUCACGAUCUGUUUUCCUGAAUAUACCGGUGCGCAAGAAUAUGGCGAAGCAGCCGCAUAUAUCCAGGCUCAGUUCGAAGCAAAGAACAAGUCGACCACGAAGGAGAUCUACUGCCACAUGACCUGCGCUACCGACACGAACAACAUUCAAUUUGUGUUCGACGCAGUCACAGACGUUAUUAUCGCCAAUAAUCUUCGUGGCUGCGGUCUCUAUUAGGCUAAUUCUGUAUUCUACGUUAAGCGGAAACGAAGGAGGAAAACAUUAUUACGAUAUGACUGGCCGGAUGACAUUUUUCAGCGGGUUCGAGGCUCGUUUCGGUUCCAUUCCGGCUCGAGAAAAAGAGGACGAGGGAAAGAGAGAGACGAAGAGAGAAAGAUGAUUGCUUUCGUUAACAGCAGAACGUUUAAGUUUGUCUUGUCUCAUGCCGACGAAUUUGAUGAAAAGUCGACGUUGUUAAGUCGACGUUCGUGAUGUCGGUCGGUGACACCGAUGAAUGUUCCUCGAUGAGGACAGCAUGGGAAGACGAUUGAUUUACGAAGGUAACGUGUACUCUGAGAAUAAGAUGACGAGUUGUCAUCAUUGGCUCCGAUCCUCGGGUGAUUCAGAGAUCGUUUUCACGGGAAACGAGACCGAAGCGACUGAAAGCGACUGAUUCAUUGACGGUUUUGUGAUCUUAGUGUGUGCAUUAGAUAAAUGAAAAAAAUCUUAUUUAUACCUUCAUGUUUUAAUUCGUCAAUUUUAUAUCAAACAUUCUUAUCGCGAUCUUCGGCUUCGUUCUCAUUUCGCGAGAAAUGCUUGAGCAUU